AAGAAUAAACAUAACGUUUUUGUUGAACACACGCAACAAUUGAUGGAACAGCAUGUUUGCAAGCAAUCUAGGAAUUUGUGUACAGAUGGAUUGAGUUGGAUGCAUGUUUAGAUAGCUUCAUAAUUACUUCAUAACGAAAUUUUUCGUGUUUAGGUACCAGCGGAUGUUAUUAAAUUGUUUCGAUUGUUAACAAUUAUUAGAUCAUGAUUAAAUACUUUUCUUAUUAACAGAAUAAAUCCAUCCUUUCGACUACUGCGCUAAUGGCGUUGAAAUACAGACCAUAACAAAAAAUGAAUUAUCGUAUUAAUUCAUUUGUAAAACUAUAUUCACUGCAUUUUGAGUAUGUUGUUACAAGAAUAUGACGUCUAUGUCUUAGUAUUCAAUUAUUUCUCCACAAAAUGAUGCAUAAAUGGACAAACAUCGCAUGUUUUCCGUUCUCUUAUAGGCUAGAUCAAAGAAAUAAAUUUCGGAAAUUUUGAAAAUUUUAGACAAUUCAUAUGUUUAUUUACUGUUUAAGAAAUGACAGUGUGUUUCAGCUUCCCUAACAGCGUCCUCAGCAUUUUAUUCUUUACAAUUAUAGCGAAAUGCCAAGCCAAGUCUGAUCAAAAGUUGAGCGAAUACAUUCUUCAUUUUGAGCCUAUAUUUUUUGAUCAGAAUUUUCUGAAGGACCAGCAUCGUCGAUCCAGCCGAUCGCCAUCAGAUCAUUUUUUCACUCUUCAGUUUAAAGCAUUUAAAAGGAUGUUCCAUCUGCGGUUGAAACGAGACACCUGGGUGUUUGCAGAAGAUACGAAGUUCGAGAAUUCCAAAUCUACCGUCCAAUACGAUAAAGCUCGUGCCCUCGCGGGAUUCAUUGAUGGAGAAGAAGGUUCUUCAGUGCAUGGAGUCCUCUAUGAUAAUGGCCUUCUGGAUGGUACAAUAAGAUUAGGUGAGGAGGAAUAUUUCAUAGAACCAGCAGCAAAUUACUUUUCGCCGUUAGAGAAUUUCCAUUCCGUUGUUUACAAACUUUCGGACAUCAAAUUUCCAGAAUUAAAUAGGACAUGUAUGCCGUCUUUAGCCAAAAAUCAAAGUUGUCAGCAUUCCAAAAGUUCGGAAAAUUCCAUGGAUCAAAGUUAUUCUCUAAUAAAAGAUUCGUUAAUUUCAACUUCUAAAAACUCUGUAAAUAUAUUAAAACAAAAUAAACUUCAUAAAAAUAGAAAACUCCACAAAAGCUACCGACAUCGUGGGUACUACAGUGCCAAAUACUCUAAAGUGUACAGUAGUCAAAAGAAAUUGAAGAAAUUACAUCGAAUAAUUAAGGAUGCCGGGAGCACAGACCAUUUUAAAGACUCGUACAGUGAUAGGCCUUCUUCAAAGCACCACAUGAAAUACAUGAGAUUUAAGCAAUGGGUAUCUCUAAAAGACCACAUUAGCCAUGAAUUUGAAUCAAGUGCCAACAUUAUAAAUUCAUCUAAAUUAGAUAUCAAGAAAACACCAUUUAUAUCUGAACAAAACGGUCCCCCAGAUACAGCAACACAUGAAACUUUGCAAGUAGAUUUCAAUUCACCUGACAAUGUCACAGACGUUCAUUCAAACAGUGUCAAGCCAACGAUGCCAAACGCGCCAGAGGAUUCUUUAGAAGAUAAAAGUGAUGUUCCUUAUUGGCGUGAGUUGGAUGCUUUGCACUACACAGAAGACGGGCGCACUGGCAGUUCUGAACCGUAUGGUGUGCGUUCGAUUCAAAGAACUCAGUGGAACGAUGAUCGUGGUCAGAGACACGUAGCGGUGGAUAGAAGAAAAAGUACGUGUCUCUUGUAUCUUCAAGCUGACCAUCUUUUUUACCAAAGGUUGGGCAGUGAGGAAGCUUGUAUUGAUGCCAUGACAAGACACGUUCAACGAGUAAACAGCAUUUACAGAAUGACAGACUUCGAUCAAGAUGGUAGACCGGAUAAUAUUUCCUUCCUGAUCAAGAGAAUAAAAGUCCACACCACUCCUGAUGAUCCUGAUUACAGAUUCGUGGGCAAUUAUGGGGUGGAGAAAUUCCUCGAGCUCUUCUCCGAGGAUGAUUAUGAUGCCUUUUGCCUUGCUUACAUGUUCACAUAUAGGGAUUUCGAAGGAGGAACUUUAGGCUUAGCUUGGACAGGAGACUUGAAAAAUGCGGGAGGUGUCUGUGAAAAAAAUGGGCACUACAGGGGAAGCCUAAAGAGCUUAAACACCGGUAUUAUAACAUUGCUCAACUAUGGAAAACAUGUUCCUCCUGUUGUAUCUCACGUCACAUUGGCUCACGAAAUUGGACAUAAUUUUGGAUCCCCCCAUGAUCCAGAGGACGAUUUACACUGCACUCCUGGUGGAGACCAUGGUAACUACAUAAUGUUUGCUCGGGCGACAUCUGGUGACAAGAAAAACAACAACAAAUUUUCUCCCUGCAGUUUACGCAGCAUUAAUGCGGUAUUGAACACGAAGGCUAGAAGUGUGAAAGGCUGUUUUACGGAGCCACUAGAUGCAGUGUGCGGGAAUGAGGUAGUAGAAGGAGCUGAGGAAUGUGACUGUGGCUGGGAAGAGGACUGUCACGAGCCUUGCUGUUUUCCGAUGCGAGUGAAUCCACCCCAAGACCAACCUCCAUGUAGACUAAGACCCAUUGCUUUCUGCAGCCCGAGUCAAGGACCUUGUUGCUCUCAGGACUGUCGGCUAAAAUAUGGUGAACUCUGCAGAGAAGACAACGGAUGCAGAACAGCAAGCUACUGCGAUGGUCAAAGUCCCUUAUGUCCUUCAUCAACAAACAAGCCAAACCGAACAGUUUGUAGCGAAGAGUUCGUCUGUUUCAACGGGGAGUGUACGGGAUCCAUAUGUAUGGCUUAUGGACUAGAGUCUUGCCAAUGUAUCAGAAGUUAUCACGAUCCUCUCAUUCGAUCAUGCGAAUUGUGUUGCAAACUUCCGGGGGAUGAACUCAGUUGCAAAUCUUCCUUCGAAUGGAACAUGCCACCUUAUGACGUACCGGACUUAUAUGCAAAACCUGGAGCACCCUGUGACAAUUACAAUGGUUACUGUGAUAUACACCAGUCAUGCCGAGAAAUCGACCCAUCGGGACCACUGGCAACUCUGAGAAAUCUUCUGAUGUCCCCUGAAGGGGUGGCCAUUCUGAAGAAGUGGAUUGCAGAAAAAUGGUGGAGUAUGCUCCUACUCUUCUUUGCAGCUUUCUUCACUGUGGUGCUCUCCGUGAAACUUUUAACUCAGAGGAAUGCAAAGAACUUUCUGUCGACCAUACUUCCAGGCCAAACAGAUUUUCGCUUCUGCAACAUUCGAUCUGCAUCUCGAUCGCAUCCAUCCUGCAUAGUGACGUCACCGUCGAGUACCACGGGUCGCAUACCGGGUCUUAGCAAGACAGGAAUGGUGUCCAGACCCAGAAUCAGUGCUGCCCCAGAAAAUGGAUGGGUGUGAUGGGUCCACAAGAAGAAUAGAUAAUUUUGCUAAUACGCUGGGCAAAGUUCGUAGCGCUAUUGCCGUGGUUUUGUCCUUCUGAAGAACUUAUACAUUUUCUAAUGCAGAAUAACCAGGAUAAGGUUUUGGUAAGUAAAGGUAACCUAAAGUAAUGCUAAAGGAGGUAAAUGAAGCUAAGGGAAGGCAAGUUUUGUUCCCCCCUCCCUCUGAAUCUCCCAAUUAUUUUCUUUAGAUGCUCUGCUGUAUUACUUUGGUAAGAAGAAGCUUUCAUAAGUUUAUACGAGUCCAUUUUUUUAUAUAUAUAAUAUGGGAAUUACAAACAAUAAGAGGAGAAAUAACUUUAUACUAAUAUCCUUGUAUCGAAAUGAACUCGCUAAAUUUCAUGUGUCUUCUUACCGUAGCUCUGUAGAUAAAUGUCAAGAAGUUUUGUUUA